GCAGGCUGGGCAGUCUGCUCCAGCUCCAGCUGGAGCUUUAGUUAUUUUGCUAUAACUGCCACCAGCUUGCUCAGGCACCAGACACCGAGUCCCAGACCACCUCACACCAUGGCCACGAAGGUAGACAGCAGAACGGGGGGCCUCCCUGGCAGUAGCUGUGAUGUGGACAUGGCCCGAGAGCAUAUUCAAGCAGCCACUCGCAACUAUAUCACCCACCCCCGCAUCACCUACAGGACCGUGUGCAGUGUCAAUGGGCCUCUGGUGGUGCUGGACCAGGUCAAGUUUGCCCAGUACGCUGAGAUUGUGAACUUCACCCUCCCUGAUGGGACUCAGAGGAGUGGCCAAGUGCUUGAGGUGGCUGGGACCAAAGCCAUUGUUCAGGUGUUUGAAGGGACCUCUGGCAUUGACUCCCAGAAGACAACUUGUGAAUUCACAGGGGACAUCCUACGGACUCCAGUGUCGGAGGACAUGCUGGGUCGAGUUUUCAAUGGCUCUGGCAAACCCAUUGACAAAGGACCAGUGGUCAUGGCAGAGGAAUUUCUGGACAUCAAUGGCCAGCCCAUCAACCCUCAUGACCGCAUCUACCCGGAGGAGAUGAUUCAGACGGGCCUUUCUCCCAUUGAUGUCAUGAACAGCAUUGCGCGUGGUCAGAAGAUCCCCAUCUUCUCAGCAGCGGGGCUCCCUCACAAUGAGAUUGCUGCCCAGAUCUGCCGCCAGGCUGGGCUGGUGAAGAAAUCCAAGGCUGUGCUGGAUUAUCACGAGGACAACUUUGCCAUAGUCUUUGCAGCUAUGGGGGUGAACAUGGAGACAGCCAGGUUCUUCAAGUCAGACUUUGAGCAGAAUGGAACAAUGGGAAACGUCUGUCUCUUUCUGAACUUGGCCAAUGACCCCACGAUCGAGCGGAUUAUUACCCCUCGCCUGGCACUAACCACUGCAGAAUUCCUCGCCUACCAGUGUGAGAAGCACGUGCUGGUCAUCUUGACAGACAUGAGCUCCUACGCAGAGGCCUUGCGGGAGGUCUCAGCUGCCAGGGAGGAGGUGCCCGGCCGAAGAGGCUUCCCGGGAUACAUGUACACAGACCUGGCCACCAUCUACGAGAGAGCAGGCCGCGUGGAGGGCCGAGGCGGAUCCAUCACACAGAUCCCCAUCCUCACCAUGCCCAAUGAUGAUAUCACUCACCCCAUCCCAGAUUUGACAGGCUUCAUCACAGAGGGACAGAUCUAUGUGGACAGACAGCUACAUAACCGGCAGAUCUACCCACCGAUCAACGUGCUCCCGUCCCUGUCGAGGCUGAUGAAGUCCGCCAUCGGGGAGGGCAUGACGAGAAAGGACCACGGGGACGUCUCUAACCAGUUGUACGCCUGCUACGCCAUCGGGAAGGAUGUGCAGGCCAUGAAGGCCGUGGUUGGGGAGGAAGCGCUCACCUCCGAGGACCUGCUCUACCUGGAAUUCCUGCAGAAGUUCGAGAGGAACUUUAUCAACCAGGGCCCCUACGAGAACCGCUCGGUGUUCGAAUCUCUAGACCUGGGUUGGAAGCUGCUGCGCCUCUUCCCCAAGGAGAUGCUGAAGCGCAUCCCGCAGAGCGUGAUCGAAGAGUUCUACUCCCGCGAGGGGGCUCCGCAGGACCCCGCGGCCGGCACCGCGCUCUAGCCAGCUCGGUCCCCGCGCCCCCCCCCCCCCCGCGCUCUCCCUCCGCUACCCAGCCCCUAGCUCCGCACCACCCCCAA